GUUUUGCCCAGUUUCAAAGUCGAGCUGCGGUCUGAAGAAAUGUAUUAUCUGAUCUCAAGACAGGAAUUUCGAUUCAAUAUCUCGGCAAGCCACGCGUUUGGGCAGAAAGUGACGGGAAUGGCGUACGUGAGGUUCGCCAUCAUGGACGAUGAAAAGCAAAAAAUCUAUCUCCGGGGGCUGGAGCAACAACUCGAGAUGAAGAGCGGAGAGGCAGUGUCUUCCGUAAAGAGCCGGGUUAUAUCGGAAAGUUACUCUUCGAAAAGUUUGAGUGAGCUUGUGGGUCAUCGCCUCUACAUAGCCGUAACCGUCUUUGAAAUAUCCAGUGGGCUCAUGGAGGAACUGGAGAUUAGCAACAUCAAGUUCGUUUCCUCCCCGUACGUCAUCGACCUAUCCAGGACAAUCAGCUACUUCACCCCUCAGCUCCCAUUCAAUGUUCUGGUCCGGGUAACUUAUCCUGAUGGAUCUCCUGCUAACAACGUCCCGGUCUGGCUAGAGGGAUACGACAGUUUCAAAACAAAAGAGGAUGGAAUGGUUUUGUUAUCAAUGUCACCACCAUCCAACACAGAGACAUUUGACAUCAAGGUAUUCGCUGGAGAUCGGACAGACGGGGAGAUCAUAGAAGCACAGAAGAAAAUUCAAAUAUACAAGUCGGAGAACAAGAACUAUCUCCACAUUUCAUUGCCACCGGAUGUGCUUGAUCCUGAGAGAUCGCUGUCUGCUGAUAUCAGCGCCAUUACAGCACCGAAUGCUGGGGCAGUCAAGUGCUAUUACUAUCUGAUCAUCAGCAAAGGCAAGGUUGUGAAGAUGGGCCACGUGCUCAAGUCAGAGCUGACCAAACUCACUGUGCCACUGAGCUUGGAGAUGGUCCCUUCCUUCCGCCUCGUCCUCUACUACUUCAUCAGUGUCGGCGGCAAGACUGAGAUGGUCGCAAACUCCGCCUGGAUUGAUGUGAAAGAUGUCUGCGAGGCGGAGAUUGAGAUCAACGUUGAUCGGAAUGAAUAUGAACCCGAUAGUACCGCUGGUAUAACGAUUCAAAUGGGAGAUGCAGGACAAGCAUCUCUCGCGAUGGUGGACAGCGCAAUCUAUAUCCUCAACAGCAAGAAUAAACUUACAACCAAACAGUUAUUCGAACGAAUGAACUCCUACGACCUUGGCUGCAGUUUUGGUGGAGGUGUGGACAAUGUACAUGUGUUCAUGGAUGCUGGGCUGGCUUUUAUUUCCAACAACGAUGCCUCAAAGCUUCGCGAAGGUUUGUCCUGCAAAACACAAGGGCGGAUGAAAAGAUCACUUGACCUCCAAAGGCAGUACAUGGGUAAGAAACGUAAGAAACAGCGCGAUCUCGUUCAUUUAAUGAAACAAAGCUGUGAAUUAAAACUCAACGGUGAAAUCUUGUCUUCAGCGGCAGGGAGUAACGAAGACAAUUACUUCGAUGAGAUGCAAGUUCAAGUGCUCAGUGACUUCCCACACAGCACACUUUGGAAAACAUGCCGAGACCUGGUGAAAGGGCAAAACAGGGUGGAAGUUAUCAUUCCUAGUUCCAUAACUACUUGGGAAAUUCAAGCUGUUGGCAUGUUUAAGAAUAAAGGUUUUUGUAUUGCGGAACCCAAGACAUUGAAAGUUUUCAAACCGAUGUUCGUAUCUUUUCGAUUGCCCUACUCCGUUAAGAGAAAUGAACAAUUAGAAGUGAGGGUUAUAUUACACAAUUAUGCGCCCAUUGAUCUUCAGGUUAAGGUGUAUAUGAAUAAGGUGGAUACUCUCUGCAGCCCAGCCACUGGGCAGCUGAAUGCAAGAACUGUGACUGUCACAAGCAACUCGGCAUAUUCCAUCUACUUCUCCAUCGUUCCUUUAGCCAUCGGUAACAUUCCAAUCACAGUGUUCGCUAACGCCUUUGAAUACGACAUUUUUGAUGCAGUCAGGAAACAACUCAAAGUGGUGGAAGAAGGUGUGAUGAAGACUGAGGAAACGAGCAUCCUGGUCAAUUCCAAAUCAAUGAGCUUCUAUCAAAUUGAUGAAAAAGUACCGACCAACAUGGUGCCCGAUACUGACGCCUACCUUUAUAUCCGAGCAAGAGGCGAGGUGAUGGGGGAUACGGUGGAGAAUUCCCUGGAUGCGGAAGGCAUCGAUAAACUCAUCAGUUUACCAACGGGAAACGUGGAGGUUACGUCCAUAAAGAUGGCGCCCGCUGUCUACGCCAUCAGGUACCUGGACAAGAGCGAGCAGUGGAUCUCGCUGAAGCCUGAACGGAAGGACAAGGCACUGGAGUUCAUUGAGUCAGGUUACAGGAGGCUCGUACAAUAUAAAAGGCCGGAUGGUUCUUACGGCUUUUGGAAUGAUAAACCUGGCAGCACCUGGUUAACGGCAUUCAUCGCUAAGAUAUUCUCAACUGUUCACAAUCAUAUCCAGAUCGAGCAUGAAUACGUUCAGCAAGCCGUCUUGUACGUAAUGCAAUGGCAGAGGGAGCCUGGAUACUUUGUUGAUGACCAACCGAUGUGGAGCAACGACAUGAAGGGUGGAGUUUCCGGGGUGGAGAAGCAAGUUUCCUUGACUGCUUUUGUGAUUAUCUCGUUCGUGAAUUCGUUGCCGUCCUUCCAAGAUAACGUACCGGGGAAACGACAAGUGGAACAAAGCAUCUACAAGGCUGUGAAUUUCCUCUCUAGCAAGGUUGAAGACAUUAAGAGGCCUUACGUAAUGGCCAUCACCAGCUACGCUCUGGCCCUGGUGGAUAAGACUAGUUCUAUAGCAAUGAUGGCUUACGAAAGAUUGAAGGGUUUUGACACUCAUGACACAGAAAACGAUACUCGACAUUGGAAGAUUGACCAGGAAGUGCUGGUCAACCAGAAAACGUGGAUAGGCAGAGCACGGAAGGCCUUCGCAGUGGAGGUGGAAGCCACAGCUUAUGCACUCCUGGCCGCCGUCACUAUGGAAGACCUCCAGUACGCCAACGCCAUUGUAAGGUGGCUGACGGAACAGCGGAACUACGGCGGCGGAUUCCAAUCCACGCAGGAUACUGUGGUGGCCCUGGAAGCUCUGUCGGAGUACAGCAUAGCACACUAUUCCCCACAGGAGAUCGCUAUGCAGUUCAAGUUCACCAGCCCUGGGCGAAGUGGGAGCAAGAUCGUCAAGAUAGAGAGAAACAACGCACAGAUCCAGGAACAGCUGAAGUUUCCACUGGGUGAUGUGAUCAACGUGGAACUCACCGGUAUAGGAAAUGGAACACUUACUACGCUGAAGACUUAUCAGGUUAUCGAGGAGACUGGGAAUAAUUGCGGCUAUUUACGGCUUGAAGUUACCGUUCAAGGCAAGGUGGAGUACACAGCGGAAACAAUUUACUCCGAAGAACAAGAUGCCUGGGAGAUGAUGCCAGCAGACCAGCCAGUCAGUGGGAUAAACUGGUUUGAUCUGAGAUCUCGGAGAACGAAGAGACAGGCACCGGCUGAAGAUAUCGCUAAGAUACUCUACUACAAAAUCUGCUACUGGCACGUUGCUGAUGGAGUCCAAGACCAGCGUCCCUCUGGAAUGGCCAUCGUGGACAUCACCAUGCUGAGUGGAUUUGAGCCAGACGGCGCAGACCUGGACAAGUUAUCGAAACUUGCUGAUCGAUACAUCGAUUCAUUUGAAUUCAAAGAUGGCAGAGUUCUGCUUUACCUUGCACAGGUCGCCACAGACAAGGUUUGUGUGAUAUUUGGGGCAAAGCAGGUGAUUCCAAUUGGGUUAAUCCAACCUGCAAGUGCCACACUUUAUGACUACUACAACCCACAGUCCCGUUGCACUGUGUAUUACAACGCUCCGGAUCAGAGCAACGUGGUGUUCAAACUGUGCCAGGAUGACGUUUGUGUGUGUGCUGAAGGGGACUGUCCUCAGGAAAGGAAAUCCAAGGACGUGGGUGACGAUGAACGGACGAAUUUUGCCUGCUACGGCCCGAUUGUGGAUUACGCUUACAUAGUCAACGUCACCAGUGGGUCUGUUACUGGAGCUUCCCACACCUAUACAACCACGAUUACUAAAAUCAUCAACGUUCAUGGAGACGAAGAUGUUGGUGUUUCUGAUCAGCGGAACUAUGUGAAACGGCGUUCCUGCCGCCUGGAACUGAAGAUCGGGAGAAGCUACCUCCUGAUGGGGAAAGACGGGAAGACCAAGGAUCACCAGAGAGAAAUGCAGUACAUCCUCGAGUCUGACUCUUGGGUAGAAGAGGUGCCACCCGCCGCGAUUUGCAGGCUCACGAGGUAUCGAAGAAUUUGCUAUAAAUUCUACGGUUUUGUCGACGUACAUGAACGGUUCUGUAUGGCAGGUAGCAGGUUUUGUCAAACAGACCAAGAGAAAGAAGCAAAGGUGUUAAAACAAACCAAGGCUCCCCGUGUCGAGAGACAAGAUGCCGGAGCAUGGAAAGGAGCAAAUCAUUAUCAGACGGAGUCGAUGUCUUCCACACGUUAA